AUGAUGAAUAUCCGUUAUCUAUGGGUCGAUACAAUUCGCAUUAUUCAAUCCUCAGAUAACGAUGACUAUAGCGAAUUCCAAAGGGAGGCGAGCAAAAUGCGAAAUUACUACGCCAACGCUGAGUGCUGUAUAGCUGCAUCAGUUGCUAAUGAUGCAGCGGAAGGAUUGCUCAAAGAAACGCUGCUUGGGCGGUACCCAAUCCAAUCUAUUUUCCUAACCUACCCAGGUACUGCUGGUCCGGAUCGGCAAUCUAUAGCACUGCAAUCAGAAGAGAACGUCGCGAUAUUGAGGAAUGUUAUUGAUGAAUCGCCACUAUCAAAACGCGGGUGGUGUUUACAGGAGCUUUCGCUUCCACCACGUGUACUUCAUUGGACCUCUAAUGGGCUAUACCGCGAAUGCCAAUCUUCCUACUUUCUAGAGGGAAGUUCUAAGAAGUGGAAGACGUAUAAUCAUGCCGCUACUGCCACUCCUCGAGAUAUUCUAGCCAUGCCUGACGAAAAACUCUUGGCCCACGAUGGCUGGCACCGCUCACUUCGUUUGCUAUCGGAGAAAGGCUUAACCUUUUCCAAAGAUCGAAUAUACGCUAUUCAUGGUAUCGCUUGUCUCAUCAUAGAGCGACUCAAGGUUGAAUAUUUUAAUGGCGUGUUCCGGCCAUAUCUUGCUCAAGUGCUUGCGUGUAACUACUCCCCUAGGGAUCCUUACGAUGCAUUGCUGGAUGUAUCCGUAGAACCUAGGGACGACCGUUUUCCUACUUGGCGCUGGGCCUCAAAUGGGCCGGUCCAGUUUUUAGAUGUUCCUACAGGUGACUGGCACUCCUAUAUUCAUGAUGUCUAUCCACAUAUGUUCCCUUCGUAUCCAGGGAACACAAACUUGACCGACAUCAUCGACUCGAAGCUUCAUAUCAAAGCUCCAAUAAUACAAGUCGACCUGGUUUAUGGACCUCGGGAAACAUUCCCUCUUUCAGGGGAAGUUAGUAUUGAUUGCGAUGGUGGGGAACCACUAAAUCAUUACUUUUUGGGUAUGGCUUGA